CUCUCUUCACCCACGACGAGGCCUGCAGUUUGGAAUGCUCAACCAUUUAAUUCGCAGACCAUGGACUCGCUUGCGCCUGCAUAGACAUUUCUCUUCUGUCGUCGACCAUGUUUCCGAGCCCUACCAAGUCUGUGUUAUCGGUGCUGGACAUGCGGGAUGCGAGGCAGCGGCAGCGGCGUGUCGCUCAGGUGCAAAAACGCUUUUGUUGACGAAGAAUUUGGAAAACAUCGGUGAACUUUCCUGCAAUCCGUCUAUUGGAGGUGUUGGCAAAGGCACACUGGUUCGUGAAGUCGACGCGAUGGACGGGUUGAUGGGUCGUGUCGCCGAUAUGUCUGGCAUAAUGUUUCGGAUGCUUAACGCGACGAAGGGGUCGGCCGUUUGGGGACCAAGGGCCCAAAUUGACCGCAAGCUGUACAAGCGCCAUAUGAAGAGGGAGCUCGCCAAACAUCAAGAAAACCUACAUAUCCGCGCUGCGGAUGUUUUUGACCUUGUAUUCGACCACGAGAACAAUCCUGAUGCUACAUGGGGGCGGAUUCAGGGUGUUAGACUUGACACUGGGGAGAUCAUACCUUGUACCCAAGUCGUCGUUUGCACCGGAACCUUCCUUGGUGGAGAAAUCCACAUCGGUCCGAAGACGUUUCCUGCUGGAAGAAUCAACGAAGACCCCGCCCCAGGCCUGUCCGGUUCGCUUCGGGCAGCUGGAUUCAGACUCGGACGCCUACAGACAGGGACGCCGGCUCGCCUUGACGGAAAAACAGUAGACUUUACGACACUCGACCGUCAGGACGGUGAUGAAGUCCCAGCUCCUUUCAGCUUUCUCAACGAUGUUGUACCAAAUGCAAGCAAUCAAGUGCCUUGUUAUAUGACCAGGACCAAUCCAUCUACACAUCAGAUAGUCAAGGACAAUAUGCACCGCAGCGUUCAUAUACAGGAAACGAAGAAAGGACCCCGAUAUUGUCCGUCACUGGAGGCGAAAAUCUUGCGAUUCGAUCGCGAUUCCCAUACUGUCUGGCUAGAGCCUGAGGGUUAUGACUCUGAUGUAAUAUAUCCCAAUGGGAUCUCCUGUAGCCUUCCAGAGGAAGUCCAGGAGCCGAUGAUGCGAACCAUUGAGGGUCUGGAGAAUGUUAAAAUGGUCAGACCCGCAUAUGGUGUGGAAUACGACUAUGUGGAUCCUCGGGAACUCUUACCAACACUGGAGACGAAGCGUAUCAAGGGCCUUUUCCUCGCCGGACAGAUUAAUGGUACCACAGGCUACGAAGAAGCCGCAGCUCAAGGUAUUGUUGCAGGCAUCAACGCGGGAUUAGCGGCGCUGCAGCGUCCACCGUUCAUCCUUACAAGGGCAGAGAGCUUCAUCGGAGUCCUCAUCGAUGAUCUCAUAGUCAAAGGAGCGGACGAGCCAUACCGGAUGUUAACCUCGCGGUCGGAAUAUCGAAUGACGCUGCGGCCUGAAAACUCCGAUAUGCGGUUAACAGCCAAAGCAUACCAUGUUGGCGCGGUAUCAGAAGAACGUUGGCGGUCUUUCAGUCAGAUGCUACAGACAUACAACCAGAUCAUCGACGUCUUGAAAGGUUGUGUACUCAGUACACAGAACUGGAAGUCUCGAGGAUAUACCGUUCCAUCGGACGGAAAAAUGAGAAGCGCCUUUGAUUUGCUGCGAUACCAAACGAUAUCGUCUGCGGAAUUCAUCAAGGACAUCCCGCUUUUGGCCAAUACCGAUCCGAGACUGCUGGCGCGCAUUGACACCGAGGGCCGAUACCAGCCUUUUCUGGCCAGGCAACAAGCCGAUUUACGCGACUUUAUGGUAGACGAGAGUCUUAUGCUUGAUCCUAUGAUGGACUAUCUUACUGUGAAAGGAUUGAGUUCGGAGAUUCGGGAGCGACUCUUCAAGGUUCGGCCGACGACCAUCGGAGCAGCGAAGAGGAUGGAAGGUAUGACGCCGUCGUCGAUGGUGCAUUUGCUCAGGCACGCGAAACGGACGUUCCGGAGAGAUCAGGAGGAGGGAAAGUUUGAUGAUGCGAAUACAUGAUGCAGGGGCAGGGUGACUGAUUUGCACCUGUUAAAAGGCAGGGAAAUCCAUUGCAACAGAGGCAUAGACCAGGUGAGACUGUAGAUCACAACGCCCCGCUGUCAGCCAAGAAUAUUGCAUGGAUUUGAGGGUGUCUUAGGGAUCAAAUGGAUAUGUAAAGCGAUAUGUAGCGGUGUACACUACUCCUACUCGAUAUAAUAUCAAAUACAACAAGUACCUUCUCAUGCAGAG